CGACAGUAGUCGACUCUUCCCGAACGUUCCGAAGAACCGACUCUUAGAGUCGCCUCGCUGGCGAGCGUCACGUCAGUACGAGGAAGUCCGUUGCUCAGCAGUUGUACGGACGGAGCUUAUGAACAGAUGAUGUUGAUGAUGUUUAUCCCGUAGCGCAGGAUGCCAGUUGGAAGCCCGGAGGAGAGGACGGUGGAGGUGCUGGCGCCGCCUGAAGCAUUGGACGAGGAGCUGCUGUGUCUGUAUUUUGAGAAUCGGCGCUCUGGAGGAGGCCCUCUCGUCUCUGUGGAGACGAGGGGCGACCGGGCUGUGCUGGUGUUUGAAGAUGCUGCAGUUGCAUCACAGGUGCUUAAAAAGCAUCACGUGCUUCAUAAUGUGGAGCUGACUGUGAGAAAGGCUGCCCCAGUGGACCAGUGCCGAUUACUGCUGCGGGGAAUCAAACCCACCACCAUGGUGAAUUUGAUCGAGCUUUAUGUGGAGAAUAUGAUGGGGUUGGAUGUUGGAGACUACACCCUGUGUCCUUCACCGGGAGGGGAUUUAAUUCUCAUUCACCUCAGCGAGCCGUUCUCAAAAGAUUUCCAAAACCUCAGUGCCAAGAUCUCCAACAAGAUGCUUGAUAAAGCCAGUGUAACACUGGAACAGGUCAAACGAACGGAUUCCGUCUUAGUGGAGAACCUGCAGCCUGGCAUCUCCCUGGAUGCACUCACUUUGUACUUUGAGAGCGGCAAAGGUGGGAGUCAGACGGUGAGGGAGGUCACGAUGUUAUCAGAGGAUACCGCAAAGGUUUCCUUCGUCAACUAUGAAUCAGUCGACAGAGUCCUGAACCUCGAUCACAAUCUGAACAGUGCUGCGCUGAGCGUAAAACCCUACUUUGACUGUCUUCAUUCUAAAGGAGACACAGCAUCACAGAGCACUAUGACUAAAAGCCAGGACAUGGCUGAGACCAGCACAGAGGACGUGAGUGAUAAUCAGAUGCAGAUCAGUCCUCCCGCUGCAGCUGCAGCUGACGCCGGCAGCCCGUCUUCCUCCCCGACAGCCCCAGAGCCUGCUGCUGCCUCCGAGGUGGUUCAGGGGGCAGAGGUGGACCUUAUGGAGCAUCAAACACUGGACGCAGUUGCACCGUCGAGCCACGUUGUCGCUGGUGACCCAGUAAAACUAGCUUUGCUUAAACUGAGCCCCCUCACGGAGAACAUUAAAAAGACUCACCCGAAUGUCGCCGUUCAAAUCAAAGAUGACGGCGUGCACAUUGAAGGCACUGACACACAAGAGCUGGAGCACAUGAAACGCAGCGUCUCGGACUUUAAUGGCAACAUGGCUGAGGCUCGUUUCACCCUCGAGCCAGAGACGGCUCAGUUUCUUGCGAGAAAAGAUGUGAAGGAGCGUCUACUGCAGGAAAUGAAUCAAUCCGGGUCACCCACCAUGUAUUCUGUAUCAGACUCUGAAGUUGUGGUAACAUCGCUCUCUCAGAAUUCCACCACCCAGGCGUGUAGCUUUUUAAAGUCCAGCGUGUGUCUCAUCAGCAUGCCAGUGGAUGAAGACCACGGGGGCAUAUUACAUUGCAGAGAGUGGUCUGAGUUCCUGCAGGCUCUGGGCUUCGCCUCUGUAAAGGUGUCGGAGCGAGGGGGGAAUAUUGAUUUGGUGACUCUGAAAGGGAUGGAGCGUGACAAGCAGACCGCAAUCCAGGAGUUUCUCGCUAUGCCCAUUGAAAGAGACACCGUCAUCUCCAUGGAGCCAGGCAUGCUGAAGUACAUCCAAGUCCAUUGUCAUCAACUGCUGGCUGACAUGGACCAAGUGUCUAUUUUUCCACUUGAAGCAGACGAUGUUUGUGGGUUAAAGAUCCACGGCAACGCAGUAGCGUGUCAAAUAGCCGAGGAGGUGCUGCAAGGUGUGGUCUCGUCCAUCUGCACCAGAACAAUCACGGUCAACGCUCCGGGAGUGGCCCGCUUCCUCGAAGAGCAGGAGUGCAGGAGCAUCCUGAACGAGAUGGAGUCGAAGUUUCAGGUCACCAUCGGCACAAAGCACACGCCGUGGCGACCCCUGCCCCACAAGGACAUUUUUGAAACUGCAUUGGAGCUGAUGUCCCAGAAAAACUUCCAGACAGCAUCUAUGGAUGACUCAAACGUUUUUAACGGAAGCCAGAACAAAAAACUAUUAGAUGAGGCGAAGAAAAUCGUCUCAGCUAUUGACCAAGGGCUCGGUGUGGGGACCGCCAGUUCAGACCAGCUAGACAUAGAAGAUGUGGACCUUUACACAGCAGAGGAACCAGCCAGCCUAAUGGAUGAGGACGUGUUAGUGGGCGAAUCCCAGCUUUGUGCUGAAGGUUCCGCUAUGGGUGGAACCCAAGGCCUUUCUAGCACUCUGGAGGAAGAGGCCCAACUGUCGUUAGCCAUUCAGUACUCGAUGGAGUCCAGUUGUUUGUACCAGGAGGAGGAACAGCUGCAAAAAGCUUUGGAGCUGUCCAAGAAGAUGGUACAAGGAAGCAGCAGGGUCCCCAAGCAAGCAAAUCGCUUAGAAGUGUCCUUACAGGAUGCCAUCAUGGCAGCCAACACCAUCCAGUUAGUUGUGUUUGCAGGCUACAGCUGUGAUCUCAUUAGGGUGGAUAUAGCCUUUGGGAAGAAGGUCUCUCAAAGGCAGGUUGAGGAGAAACUUGAGCACAGCAGUGUAAAGAACAUGUCAGAGUACCACAAGAAGUGUCUGGAGAUGAUAAAGAGGAAGCAUGCGGUCGAUAUUCAAGUCCAAGGCACCAUCAUCACGGUGUCUGGCUUCAAGGACUUUGUGACUGGAGGGAUGUCGGAUGUGAAACACCUUCUGGACAAAAUGAGCCACUCAGUGUCUGACAGGGACAUUCUGAGGACAGUCAGGUGGGUGCGACACGAUCCGGCCUCCUCGGACACCGCUCCGUACGCGGCCGACGUCACGGUGUUCAUCGAGAACGCCUGGAGGAUGAAGCUCAGCAAGGUGGACAUCCUGCUGGACAACCAGCCCCACAGCAUCAACUUUGAGCAGAUGCAGGAGUACAACGUAGCUUCUGGGAAGUCUGUGACGAUCUCCAGGAAGCUGCUCCAAUUUGAGGAUUUGGAUGAGGACAUACCAGAAGAGGAAGUCUCUCUGCUUUCAAACUUGCCCGACGCUGCCAAAGUUGAUGAGGAAUCUGACGAGUUUCAGAAUGUGGUGAAGAAUUUUUACGAGACCAUCCAGGAAUACCACAGCAAGAUUCGAAUCAUCCAGGUGGAGAAGCUCAUGAACCGACUGCUGUACAAUCAGUACAAACUGAAGAAGGCCAGCGUACUGCAGCGGGCCACGUACCCGCAGAUCGAACGGACCCUCUACCACGGCACAAGCGAGACGAGCGUGAAAGAAAUAUGCAUUCAUGGAUUCAACAGGAGCUUCUGCGGGAAGAACGCCACUGUCUACGGUCAGGGGGUGUAUUUUGCUGUCAACUCCGCGUUGUCUGUCCAGGAUCAGUAUUCACCCCCGAAUGCCGACGGGCACAAGUUCAUUUUCGUGUCCAAGGUCCUGACGGGAGACUUCACUAAAGGCUGCCACUCCAUGAAAGCGGCCCCGCUGAAGGAGACUGGAGACGUCCCCCUCAGAUAUGACAGCGUGACGGACAACAUCACCAAACCUGCCAUGUUUGUCAUCUUCAACGACACACAAGCUUUUCCAGAAUAUCUCAUUACAUGCCAGAGAAUCCACCGCUGAGGAAACUAAUUAGUUUAAGGUAUGCAUUUGUUUCAAGCAAGGUGCAUAUAAUUUAUAAGAGGUUAUUGUACCAUAUUUUGUACUAUAUUGUACAGUUUCUUUUAUUUAACAAGACGGGACUGUUGAACUAGUUGGUCUUAAUUUUAAGCAAAGCUUCUCAAUGAUCAUUUGGAAAGUUGAACAUCAUCCCAAAAGAUGGAAGAUUAGACUUGUGCUUUUACAAUGGAUGGUUUCUUCCAAAGCUAUUGCUAUUGGCCGCAGAACAUCUAGAUGCCUUACAUGUUUAAUGCAAAUCAGUGUUGGUUCCCCGGUUUAUUGUAUGAUUUGUGGAUUGAAUGACAAUGUGUUAUCCAUGAGUGUUUUCCAGAACAUAAUGUCAUGGUUCUGAAGGUUUACUUGCCCAUAUGUUUAUUAUUAGCAUAAUGUCUGUAUUUUUUUAUAUAUAUAAAUCAGCCUUCUUUAAAUGUUGUGCUUCAAAACUA